GCGAGAAACCAGAGUAGAGAGGAUUUAUGUAGACCGCUUAAACGAGAUUUUGUUACGUUUUAGUAUUCGCGUUUUUACGGUAGGAUUAUCAAGAUUAAGUAAACCUGUGUGUAGUGCAUCGACGAUGUCGGUGAAUAUGGAUGAACUCAGACACCAAGUCAUGAUCAACCAGUUUGUUUUGACUGCUGGUUGUGCCGCCGACCAGGCAAAGCAGCUUCUUCAGGCGGCUCACUGGCAAUUCGAGACAGCAUUAAGUUCCUUUUUCCAAGAGGCCAAUGUCCCCAGUCAUCACCACCAGAUGAUGUGCACCCCACGUAACACGCCAGCCACGCCACCCAAUUUCCCAGACGCCAUUACCAUGUUCUCCAAGCUGCGAGCCUCGGAAUGCAAUACCGGCAACAGCGGAAGUCCUGCCCCUGGUUCCAUGGCGUGUUCCCCGCCACCCGCGUCCGGUUUCGGAUCCUUUUGGGCCUCGUCUCCGCCGAGCCAUCAGCCGGCCUGGUUGCCCCCUUCUUCUCCAACUGGCCACCACCUGCAUCACCACCACCUGCAACAGACACCCAUGUGGCCCCCAGUUUCCCAGCCUGGCAAAGCCCAGCAAACAGCUGUUGUAUCUGCACUGCAUGGGCAGAGAUGAGAGACUCUAAACUGAGGGGGGAGGGGCGCAUGGUGGGAUUUGGAGAGGAGGGGAGGGGUGGAGUCUUUGAAUUUAAAGGGAUGGGGUUUAAUUAAGGUGUAGAGAUAUGUGGGACAAGAAGGUGAUCUAGGUCUUUUUUUUUUUUUUUUUUUCUUAAAAAAAUUAUGAUGGAACAAUCUUUUCACUUUUGAAUACCUAUUCUUUCUCUCUCAUUUUCAAUUACUGAUGUGCAACGAUCCAGGCCUUGGGAGAGAACCACUAUCAAUUCAAAUAAGCAAGUAUAUAAGGCAUCUAGCAGUCCAGAUGAGUGUCUGCCCACCAGAGGAUCAUGGCAAAGACUGCUGAGGGAGGACAUACUUCUAUCAAGGCACUAAAUACAACAAUGCAAAUACGCCAGUGACUUAGCACAGGAAACAAGAAAAAAAACA